AUGGCGGAAAUCAAACAAUACCACCUCUUCCCAACGGGUCUAAUCCCAAACUCCCCCCGCCCUCUACUACACUACAAGAAAGUUCUCGCAAAACGCCUCAACACCUCACACUGCGACCCAGUCGAAGUCUGGAACACAUUCACAAAGAACGAAUGGGACGUACAAUGGAUCUUCCGAUACGGCCCCACACAAGUCUCCCAUUACCACUCCAAGGCACACGAGUGUAUGGCCGUUCUCUCGGGGACAGCCAAGAUCCGCUUCGGCGUGGCAGAUACCUCGCCAGAUAUGCAUGCGAAUACGUACGGGUCAGCAUGGGAAGAUGGCGGUGUCGUGUUACAGGCUGAAGCUGGGGAUGUGUUUGUCAUUCCGGCUGGUGUCGCUCACAAGACGCAUGAGACUAAGCCUGAUGCGGAGUUUGCGUUGUUAUCGCCUGGGACAGGGCAUGGUAUUGAGGCUGAGGAUCCGGGCAAGGCUUUGUCGAAGGUUGAACUGGAUGGGUUUACUAUGAUGGGGGCUUAUAGUGGAGGGGAAUGGGAUUUUGUUGCUGCGGGGGGUGACUUUGAGAAGGUGUGGAGUGUGCCGAAGCCUAAGCUUGAUCCUAUUUUUGGGGUCUCGGAGAAUGGGCUUCGGGGGAGGUGGCAGGGGAGUGGUACUGUUGCUAAAGCUCGUCUGUGA